AUGGGUAAACAUUUACAUACAACUCUUGCGGAUCGUUUCAAAUAUUUUACGAGUCCAAUUCGACCACGUCCUGAUGAUAUUGAAAUCGUUCGUCAACAAUUGUCAUUAUUAAAUAAACCUGCACGUGGAAUUCUUCUUGGUGUAACAAAAGAACUUGUAGAAUUGGCUAAUGAUGAAAUAAAAAUGAUCGCUGUAGAUCGAUCAAAAGAUAUGAUAGAACAUCAUUGGAUUGGAAAUAAUUCAAAUCGUAUUGUAAAACUUGCUGAUUGGCUUGAACUUGAAUCAAUUGCAACUAAUAUUAAUUUUGUCAUCGGUGAUGGAAUAUUCAAUGUAAUAGAUCGAAAAUGUCAACAUCAGUUAAUGGAUUGUAUACGAAAUGUUCUUGCUGAUGAUGGAUUAUUAAUUGUACGAGUACAAUGUAAUCCAGUUGUUCGAGAAACUAUCAAAGAAAUAUUUGAAAAUACAACAAAUAAUUUUUGUGCAUUUCUAUCAAGAUUAGUUAAUUCAAUAUGUGAUUCCAAUUUUGAAGUUCGUGGAAGUGAAAUUUUCAAUAAAUUCAAAGAAUAUGUUACUGAUAUUGAUAUCGCACGUUUUAGAUGGACAAAAGAAGAUAUAUCAAUUAUUGAAGCACAUGAAAACUCUUCACAUGUUAUUACAUUUCUUACUGAAGAAAUGUUCACCAAAUUAUGUGAUCAACAUCAAAUGAAAAUUUUAUCCAAAUUCAAUGGUUCAUAUCAACUUAGUGAACGUAAUCCAACUUUUAUUAUUCGCAAAGAUUAA